AUGAAGGUCUAUGGCUCAGUGGGAGGAAUCACCAGAACCAGCAAAAGGCUGAUAUUCCAAAACUUCAAGAAAUUGCCGUUCAAAGAGGAAGACAGUGGGAAACACCAUGAGUACUCCAUCAGACCAGAUACUUUUGCAUUCAAGGUCCAGGGCUCACGAGACACGGCGAAGGGUAAAGACGGUCCAAUUGGUACGGCCCAUCCGCUUCAGAAAGGCCAGGGAAGUGAAUCUUCGUUUAAUGUGCUAGAGUACAUUUACAAGAACGCUACGAACUAUCCGUUCAAGGACCAUAGCCCACAGGAUGUGUUCAAUAAGUUUCCACUUACGAAUGCUGCUAAGAUGGGGAGAGUGAAGACGAGACCUCGUAAGGCAAAGAUGCUUGCGUCUGAUUUUAUUGACGAUUCGCUUUAUAAUCCACAUUAUGGGUAUUUUUCACAAGAAGUGGAGAUCUUCCAUAAGGAGAAACCGUUUGACUAUAACGAGAUUGAGGACGUGGACGAGUUUAUGGAUGCGUGGAAGAAGGCUUAUUCAAAGUAUGACGAGCUAAAUCCGGACGUCAAUCGAGUGAAAACGGAGAGAACUGAUCCAGAUGGCGCAGAGCCAGCUACAAAGCAGAAGGAAAGCUCCAGCACGGCUGUCAUCUCUGCUAAAGAUAUGCCGAGAGCAUCUCCAACCUCAAAGUUCGCUAGAGCAGCUCAAACUGUGCAUAGACAAGACUUGGUGGCCAGUGGUGGAUUCCCUGAGACCAAGAAGUCUCAUCAGCUUUGGCAUACCCCUACGGAGCUCUUCUCGCCGUACUAUGGAGAGGCGUUGGCUAGGUUUAUCGUUGUCAACUAUAAGCUUAACGGCUACUAUCCUUAUGAUGACCUUAUAAUCUACGAGAUGGGUGGUGGUAACGGUACGCUUAUGUGUAACAUCUUGAACUUUAUCAAGCAGAACGAACCUGAUAUCUAUGCCAGGACACAGUACAAGAUCAUUGAGAUAUCUGAUCAGUUAGCUCUCAAACAGUACUCUCAGGCGCUCGGCCAGAAGCUUGUGUCUCAGGGUCUUGACCAGAAUAAGGUGCAGAUUGUCAACAAGUCUAUCUUCAAAUGGGAUAAGGUGAUCCAUGAUCCAUGCUUCUUUAUUGCUUUGGAGGUUUUUGACAACUUUGCCCAUGACGUGAUUCGUUACGACGUCACAACUGGCGAACCACACCAGGGUCAUGUCCUAGUAGACGAAGCUGGUGAUUUCUACGAGUUCUUCACUCCAGAAUUGACCCACUACGCUGAAGCGUACUUGAACUUGAGAGAAAACGGUAAUUUCCCAAUUUUACCCCAGACAAAGAGCAUGAUGGGAAAGAUGCUUCUGUUGAAGUCAGCCAUUCCUUUCACUAACCACGAUAGUAUCCAUCCAUUGUUCCAUUCUUCGCUUAAAUUGUCUCUCAAAGACAAACUUCUCCCAUUCAAAGACCAUCUCACGCCUGGUGAGUUCAUUCCCACCAGACUUUUACAAUUCUUCCAGAUCUUAAAGCAUAGAUUCCCCAACCACACACUUAUAAGCUCAGACUUCAACUACUUGCCAAACACCAUGCCUGGCUACUACAAUGCACCAGUGGUGCAAACAGUCAUCAAGGACAGAAUGGUUGAUGUCUCCACCUACAUGUGCCACCAGGGCUACUUUGAUAUCAUGUUCCCCACAGACUUUGCCUUAGCUAGUGACAUGUACAAACAAGUUACUGGAAAGUUGGCAAGAGUUGAGCUGCACAAGGAUUUCUUGCAGCAGUGGUCAGAUGUGGAGGCUACCACCACAAAGAAAGGAGAAAACCCCAUGCUAGAUUUCUACAAAAACGUGAGCUUCAUGGUGAGCUAG